AUGUCUUCCAACCAAGCUCGUUCCCCCUCUCAAUACACCGCCAUUCCCCGGCCCAGGCAAGCACAAUUCUCAAACGUCUUCACCUACAAUCAACCCAAUGAAUCCGACAGUCUCAACACCUGGCUGACUGCCCCUGCUUCGGCGGCGCCGUUCCACAACAUUGCCGCCUACCGAUUGUCGGCCUCGGCUUCCGCCGGCGGCGCGAACAUGCGGGGCCCCGCACCCGCUCCGAGUAGCAACGGCGCGACGUGGGGUAGCGGGCACGGCCGUCAGAACUGA